GGAGUCGUUGCUUGUCCGAUUCAAAUCUGAUACGGAAGCGUCCCUUAAAAUUUUCUACAUAGAGUACUUGAAAUUUUGUUUGACAUUUCACAUAACCAUAUUUAACAAUGGAAGGUUCGGUAUCAAAUGUGGAGGUCUGUAAUCUUGCUUACACUGGGCAGUUUGAGAAAUUAAAACAGUGCAUUCUGUCAGAUAAAACGCUUGCCUGCAAAACGGACCAGGACUGCAGAACCGCCCUGCACUGGGCUUGUUCUGCUGGUCACACCGACAUUGUGGAGUUCCUGCUUGACCUGGGAGUUGAAGUGAAUCUACAGGAUGAUGCUUUGUGGACCCCUCUUCACAUUGCCGCAUCUGCAGGCAGAGAGGACAUAGUGAAAUCUCUGAUAUCCAAAGGAGCUCAGCUGAAUUCAGUAAAUCAGAAUGGAUGCACCCCUCUGCAUUAUGCCGCCUCUAAAGACAGAUAUGAGAUUGCCUUGCUGUUGUUGGAAAAUGGAGCAGACCCCAAUGCCACGGACAAGUUGGAGUCCACUCCUCUUCACAGAGCAUCUGCCAAGGGAAAUUACCGUCUCAUCCAACUGCUUCUUAAACAGAGCGCCUCAACCAACAUCCAGGACUCACAGGGCAACACACCACUACAUCUGGCGUGCGAUGAGGAGCGUGUGGAAGCAGCCAAGUUACUGGUGGAACAUGGGGCCAGCAUCUACAUUGAGAAUAAGGAGAAGAAGACACCCCUCCAGAUAACCAAGAGUGGUUUAGCCAACAUGCUUCGUCGGAUUGUGGAGGGAUGAUGCAUUUACUGGUCUACAGUACAGGUUAUGAGGUUAUGUUCCAGCUCGAAUCCCCACCAUCACCAGGUUGCGGUAUAGGAAUUCUCUUCCCAGUCAACCCUCUGUGAGCAGCCUGGUGUGACACAUGCAGAUGUGUAAUUGGUGGAAGGUUAGACAGUGUCAGGGAGGAAAGUUGAAUGGAACUGUAUCCUUAUCAGCUCUUCAGGUGGGGUCUUUGAAGCUGUGCACACAUUAGCUGUCCAGAAACACACUGCACUAAGCUCAGUCUGUCCAACACUGCAGCCUGUUUCCCUGUGAAGUUUUAAUUGUUGUAGCAGUUACUAAAUAAAAAUAUGUUGAGCCUGUUAAUAAAGUAUAUUUGGGAUAUA